CGACGGUCACUCAGUCAGCAAGGACAAAUGACAACGACAAUUGGCAGUAGCCCCAAUUGCGCCUUGGGGCAGCAAUACACGCACAACAAUUGCAAGCGCUUCGUGCUUUAACUGCUCAACAAUAGAACAAUGACAAUGCUAUUGCAAAAACUGGGCGUAAAGCAGCCACACGAGUCACCGUCACAGUCACAGUCACAAUCACAAUCACAGGCUAUCUAUAUGCCACUGCUGCUGGAGGCGAGCGGCACGCAAGCGAGUUAUUUAAAUUUUGUAGCGGAUGGACUGGUUAAUAUGGAUGAAACCAUGAGCGGUGGCGGUGGCAGCGGCAGCGGCAGUGGCAGCUCGUUGGCUCUGAGCAUUGCAGCAGCUAAUGGCAGCACGUCUACGACCGGCGCGACAGCGGGCAGCGACGCUGGCAGCGCACAUUUGACAUUCGUCAUUGUCAAGUGUUUCAUUAUUGGUUUCAUCAUACUGGCGGCCAUACUGGGCAACAUGCUGGUGAUUGUAUCCGUUAUGCGACAUCGAAAGUUGCGCAUCAUUACCAACUAUUUUGUGGUUUCACUGGCAGUGGCCGACAUGCUUGUCGCACUCUGUGCCAUGACAUUUAAUGCAUCCGUCGAGAUCUCGGGACGCUGGAUGUUUGGCUCGCUAAUGUGCGAUGUGUGGAACAGUUUCGACGUCUACUUCUCCACGGCCAGCAUCAUGCAUCUCUGCUGCAUAUCUGUGGACAGAUACUACGCUAUAGUACAACCGUUAGACUAUCCGCUUAUAAUGACCCAUCGACGUGUGUUCAUCAUGCUGCUGAUGGUUUGGCUAUCGCCUGCAUUGCUUUCAUUCUUGCCCAUCUGCUCAGGCUGGUAUACGACCAAUGAUAAUUGGAAGUAUCUCAAAUCGAAUCCACAUAUAUGCGAAUUCAAAGUGAACAAGGCCUAUGCCAUUGUGAGCUCAUCGAUGAGUUUCUGGAUACCCGGAAUUGUGAUGCUCUCCAUGUACUAUCGCAUCUACCAAGAGGCCGACCGCCAGGAGCGCUUGGUCUACAGAUCAAAAGUGGCCGCUCUGCUGCUGGAGAAGCAUCUGCAGAUUAGUCAAAUACCAAAGCCAAGGCCCAGCAUACAAGUGGAGCAGUCAACCAUAACGACCAUGCGGCGCGAACGGAAGGCGGCACGCACUCUGGGCAUCAUCAUGAGCGCCUUUCUGCUCUGCUGGCUGCCGUUCUUUGUCUGGUACAUCACAUUCACGCUGUGCGAUAGCUGCAAGACACCCCGUUUGGUCGUCGGCAUACUCUUCUGGAUUGGCUACUUCAACUCGGCGCUGAAUCCCAUUAUCUAUGCCUAUUUCAAUCGCGACUUUCGUGCUGCAUUCAAGAAGACACUCCAGAGCUGCUGUCCCUAUGCGUUCAUCAAUUGUCGCGCCAAGUUUCGUGGCAAUGGCAACGGCGGCGCAGCUGGAAAUCUUCGACGCAACACCGCUGGCAACAGAGACAAUUCGGGUGAGUUGCCCGGCUGCUUGAACUCCACGGCCUCGACGGAGAUACACAUGAGUGUGAUGCGUGCGCGUCAGUAUGCGGUCUCGCCCACAAUGACGGGUCAGGAGCAGCAGCAGCUGCAUCCGCUCUACACCAACUAAAUAAGUUCUAAGCUCUCUAACUGUAACUGUAACUGCAACUGUUGCGCUUCUCUAGACCAUAAUUGUUAAAAAAGCUAGCUAUUCCUAUAUAUAUAUAUAUAUAUAUAGCCCACAGGUAAAUGUAAAAGUAUAAAAGGGUAAUCAUACAUACAAGAAAACAAACACGACAAUCCCACAGAAGUAAAUGAAGCCUUCAAAAAAUUAAACAAAAUAAAAAUCUUUAACGAAAUUUGAUGUGCAAAUAUAUAAGUGCAACUAUGUAUAUGUGCAGAAUGUACAAUAAAUAAAAGUAAAAAUAGCAGCAUAUGAUAUAAAAUAUUUACAAAUUGAAUUUAAAUUGAAAUUGUUGAGCAACAGAAAAUAUCAAGAAUAAAAAAAACAUUCCUCACAUAUAUAUUGCCAACAGUUUCAAGCAACAGCAUAUUGGCAUUUAGUGCAGUGUUUAUAUAUAAAUAUACUUGUAUUGUAUUCAAUGUUUGAUAUACGUAUAUGAAAUUGAAAUUGAAUUUGAAACAUUUACGUUGCUAAUUGAUGUCAUACUAUAUACAUAAAUGUUAAGGCGUGUGUGUGUUGGCGUAGAUUUAAACAUAAGCGAAGCAUGUCUUCUACUAGCGAACAUACAAACAAACAUAUUUAUUUAUUAGUGGUAGCUACUAUUACUCACAUAUCCAUUGGGUCUAUUAGCCACACACGAGUAAACAUUAAAACGCGACUUCAAGUCUCAUCAAAAAAAUGCUGUUAGAAACACAUUUGUGCACGACUCGCAAUCUGAGCGCAUUAGUUUAGUUUAGUUAGCGCUCAACUAGAAUUUAGUAUAUAUACUUGUACACCGAUUAACUAGCUAGCUGCCAAGUAGACUCUACCACAUCAUUUAGUUGCUAACAACAACACUUAUAGACUCUCUUAUUGAUUUGCAAUGCCCAAUGACAAUCUAAGCCAGACAGUUAACAGUGUAGCCAAUUAUGCUUUCAUUUCUCACAGUGUACUUUAUUUAUGCGCUGCUAUUUCGGCUAAAACAAAGCAAUUAUUCAUACAGAUAAGCUUAUCAAGCGUGGAAAUUUUGGCUUUGUUUGCGCGCUCAAGUAGCAAAUUUUAAUGAACAAGUGCAUACGCAAUUUGCAGUAGCUCAGGCUUUGUCUAAGGCAGCAGCUUAAGAGCUCAGCCUCAUAGACAACAGAGACCUGAACUCAGUCGAUUAGCCUAGUCUAAAGCAUAUAAAUAAAUUUGUGCCAUAAUUGAUUAAGUUAACAGCUGCAAGUGUUGAGUUAAUAAAUGCAGAAUGUGAUUGCAAUUUGCAGCUCACUGACCGCAGUCGAGUAUUAAAUUUAUAAAUAGCAAUACAAGAAAUAAAUGUGUAAGCAUCACAUCCGCAUAUUUGAGUGUUGAACUUAAAGAAAAGUUCAUCGUGUCAUAUUUUAAUUGUGUGUGCACAACUGUUUUUAUUAACAUUCAGCAAUCAACUAUCAAGAACAACAACAAUAACAAUCUAAACAUGCGACAGCUCAUUUGUUUGUUUGCUUAGUUCGUCGUCUGUCAUGUCUGUGAAGCAUGUGACUUAAAGUCUCAUAUAUGUGAAUUAAGCAAAUAUGAAAGCAAAUACUUGUGGCGCACUAAAUCGAUCACAGUCGAGCGCAGCAGUAUGCGCACUAAACCAAUAAACAAUUGUUUUGUUUACGACUUAUUUGUUUGCACGCUUUUUGGCAGCCACUGUACAUACAUAAAUAUUUCUAUUUUAAUGACUGAUUAAAUUUGUUGUUUUCCCUUUGUUGAAUACGAGCUAAAGCUAAUAAUUAUAAGUCAUAGUACGUAUGUGUGUGUGCAUCUGUGUGUCUGUGUUUACACCUAUACGUAUACAACAAAGCCAAUUACGCUCAUAAAUGUCCAAAAGAUAAAAUGCAUAAUAGAUUAUUUACACUGUAAUUCAAUUACAAUAUGAAACAAAAAUGAACUUAACUGUGUAUGCGUUAGAAAAUAAUUGUUAACUGUGUUGUUUGUGUGAAAAGUAGCAAAGAAAAACUAACUAUAUAUAUACAUAUAUACAAUAUGACAACAAUUUGUUGCAACGUAUCCAAGCUUAGUAUCAGGCAAUCGGUUCUCGAGUCAACUUUUGACUGUCUGUCUCAUUAAGUAAAUGUUAAUAAUGUGUGUUUCUCCAUGUGUAUUUGUAUAUAAAUAUUAUACAUACUAAAAAGAAAA